GUAGUGAAGAUCAAUGUGUGCUACUGGAAGGAGAAGGUUCCUGGGAUGUAUCAUGUCAAGAAGCGCUUCCCCUGCUUUAUACAGACGGAAAGUGAGGAAACCAAAGAACACAUCUACGGACUCCCGUCCAACGAGUACCCAGGCAUGGUGAAGAUAUGUUACCAUACAGGGAGCAGGACGGAACCAGAUCGGAGAGACCAGCAGACAGACCGCUCUGAUAUUCAGAUCCUCCAGCGCUACAUCGCUCGAUGUUUCCCUGGUCUGAUCCCUGAACCUGCUGUGGUGGAGAGCUGCAUGUACACGCUAACUCCUGACCAGGAUUUUGUUCUGGACUGUCAUCCAACCUAUAACAACAUUAUCAUCGGGGCUGGAUUCUCAG